ACAGUUGAUGAAUCAGCUUCCGGUGAGUUUGUAUGGCCAGAGAGUUUGGUAUAAAUUGCCUUAUGAAGGAUUUCAUGAGAGGAAAUCAAUCUCUAAUGGUGAUGCAAAUUUUAAUAAAAUGUGUAUGGCUGCAAAAUGGACGAAAGCUGUUGAUAUCUUUGUGGAGGCUGAUGGUGAUGGAAAUGCUAACAGAGUAGAGGAAAAUGAUAACAGAGAAGAGGUAGCAAGCGAUGAAGAAGCAAGACCUGAAUGUGUACAAUUUGAGGAAGAAAUUAGAGUGGAGAGGAAUGUUGCUACUGCAGUUGAUGUAGAUGACGAGUAUGAUGAGUAUGCGACACCAGUGGAAUCAGAUGCUGAAGAUGAGUAUGAUGAUGGUUAUGUCAGAUACAUCAAAGGUAGUGGUGAACUGAAGUUUUUACAAGUUUUCGAUAGUAUAGAGGCAUUUAAAAAUGCUAUUGUGGAGUAUGUGCUGAAUUCAGGCAAGAAUAUCAAGUAUGUGAGAUGGGAAAAAGCAAAAUCAGAGCUUAGAUGUGCAAGUGGAUGUGCACAUGGAGGGAAAGAAACUGAAGAGAUGAAUCCAGAGGCCCUAAAUCCAGAUAUUGAAGGAGAGAAUCCAGAGACUGCAGUUGGAUCUGAACCAAGGAAGGAAGUUGGUCAGCAAGAAGAUGUAGAAGAGGCACAGCCAUGCCAAUGGAGGAUCUAUUGCGCUUAUGAAACAACAGUGCAAAAGUAUGUGGUAAAAACCUUCAAUGAUGACCACAGUUGUAUGAAUACGGGGUAUAGCAAGAUUAUAACUCAAGAAGUGAUUGCCAGGCUAUUCGUGAAUGAUGUGAGAGAUAAUCCAAAUAUUAUGCCUAAAAAUAUCAGAGAGGAAAUCCAGAAACGUUGGGGCUUGAUUGCAUCUGGUGAUCAGUGCAGAAAAGCAAAAGCAAGAGCUUUGGAGAUGAUCCAAGAGGAGCAUGAUGAGCAAUACUCAAGACUGAAAGACUAUCGUCUUGAGCUAUUAGAGUAGG